GAGGAAAAACUACGUUUCCCACAAACCCAUCUGCGUUUUGCCAUUGGUGGUGGCACAGGUGACUGCAGACGCUCCGAGUUGUCACAACAUCUCGACGGACAAAACGAAAACAAAUUAGCCUCCGAAGUGCCCGCGUUGGUACACGCUGUAGCAGUCUGUGGAAAUACAGAGAAACUUCCACUCUUAAGAGUGGUUUUCCUUUUGAACACGACUUCUUUUCCUGAAAGUGCCUGGCAGGAUUGGUAUUAUUAGAACGCAUGAGAGAAGUGGGCACGCACUUUUCGUGGACCUGACUUCUUUACUGCGUUCUGUCUGACCUUCAGAGCGGAUUGAAAUCCACUUUCUUCAGCAUCCAGACAUGUAGUCAGCAGCAUAAGCAGAGCGUACUUCCUCCUGUGAACUCUUUUUCCUCUCAAACAGCUUCCUCUACCUUUUCGGGCUGGACUGCGGUGCAUUGACGUCGGCUCGCCCUCCCCUGCCCCCUCGCCCCCCAGCAAUGGCCUCACGCAUUGGCCUGCGGAUGCAGCUUAUGCGAGACCAGCUGCAGCAAGAGGAGCAGCGUGAGAGGCAGCAGAUACAGCAGCAGCAGCAACAGAAUGCAGCCCUGCAAUACAUGCAUCAUUGCAUGGCUGGGCCACCUGCACCUACCCCAGCCAUAAGCACCCCGCAGCAUCAACAAAGCAUGCAGGUCCCUGUGGAGGUUCUUAAGGUACAGACCCACCUUGAGAAUCCUACCGACUACCACAUUCGUCAGUCUCGGAGGCAACAGGUGAAAACAUACCUGUCUUCCACCUAUGCUACCAAACAGACAGUUCAUGCAGUAGUAGGGCCGGUGCCGCCCUCUCCUCCCACAAACAUGGGACCUACAGGGGGUUCAGCGUCUGCCCCCCCACCCCUUCACUCCCCACACUUUCGCACUGAGCAGCUCAUGUCUGGAAACAGCGCCCCAAACAGCCCCAUGGCAAUGCUCAACAUCGGCUCCAGUCACGAGACAGAGAUGGAUGAGGUCAUUGAUGACAUCAUCAGCAUGCAGUCCAACUACGACGAUAUUCAGGCAUACAUUGACCCCAUACAGAUGCCAAACACACUUCCCCUGUCAAGCAGUCACCUGGAUGUGUAUACAGGUCCGGGGAUGAAGGGUCCAGCCAUUGCUAUGACCAGCAACUCCUGUCCUGCCAACCUGACCGUCAAAAGAGAACUGUCAGACGCAGAAGCCCGUGCUCUGGCCAAGGAGAGACAGAAGAAAGACAACCACAAUCUGAUUGAAAGGAGGAGGAGAUUCAACAUCAAUGAUCGUAUCAAAGAGCUGGGCACCAUGAUCCCAAAAACCAAUGACCUUGUGCAUAGUGAUGUGCGCUGGAACAAAGGCACUAUACUGCGGGCGUCUGUGGAGUACAUCAAACGCAUGCAGAAGGAUGCACAUAGGUCAAGAGAGGUGGAGAACAACUUCAAAAGGAUGGAGAUGGCAAACAAACAACUGAUGCUACGCAUCCAGGAGUUGGAGAUGCAGGCUCGUAUACAUGGCCUGCCCAGCAACUCUCCUUCCACCCUGAACCAGCCUGACCUGAUGGCUUCGUAUAUAAAGCAAGAGACCAGCCCAGAAGAGAACCUCUCUCACUCCCUGGCACACACUCACCACCAGCCCCAGCACUUACCCCAGACCCAGGGUCACCCCCAGGCCAUGCAGCACCACUUCCUCCCGCAAACCCACCUCCACCCCCAGGGCCAGGUUCAGCAACAGCACAGGCAGCUGCCCCCGCUCCCCCAACACCUGCAGCAGCCCCAGCCACCCAUCCAGUACCCAGCUGUAGGCAGCUCCCAGCCCUUUGACUUUACCCAGUCGCUGGACUUGUGUGAUGGGAUACCCGGCUUCUCAGACGGCAUGUCAGGGCUAGGCGACCUGGGCGGAUUGGACGUCCAGGGGACGAGAGGCGAGAUGGGCUUCCUGAUGAUGGACGAGCCAUUGUCCCCUAUGGGAGGAGACCCACUCCUCUCUGCGAUGUCGCCUGAAGCCUCGGUCGACUCCAGCCGCAGAUCCAGCUUUAGCAUAGAGGAUGGAGACAUACUGUAAACACAGGCGCACACACACCCACAUUCACAUGCACAAAUGCAUGCAAAAAAGUGACAGUUCAUCAGCGCAACACAUUUACAGCACAUACAAUAGGGCAGAAAGGAAUCUGCCACCAGACAUGACAUCAUUCACCCAGCACACACCCAUACACACACAUACUGUAAAUAUACAUCACACAAUUUGAUCAUACACCAAAGACAGUCAUUUGUGGUACAAUUACUUCCCCUUAACAACACGUGCAAAAGAAGGUACACAGCCCUCACACAGUAAAAUAUUUUGUAUAGUGCAAACCUUUGCACGCACACACACAAGCGCAUGUAAGAUAAACUGUGCAGCUUGAAACUUUGCCCAAUAGAGCAUUUACAAGGGGUGAACCAAUGCUGCCAGGUCAGGAGUUAUAUAGCACAUGUGGCCUUGUUUCCAUAAAGGUGACUCUGUAUCAUAAUUGAACAAGGGACAAAACCAGCAGUUAAUUAAAUUGACGUUAUCAGAUACAAGGACAACUGAGUGCAUUGUCUCACUUGAUAGAGGACAUGGUAUUUUCUCCUUACAUCAACCUCUUUUAGUAACCAUAAAUGAUUGAGUAAGCGAUAGUGAAUGAAAUGGAAAUAGCUUUAUGCUCCUGCAUGCAUAAUUUAUCUUAAGGGGAUGCAGUCCAGUCACAUUGUUCUCUUCCGCAAUCUGUUAUUCCAGUGUUGGUUUUAGCCUCUAGCACAAGCUGUUUUGUGUUUGACAGCAGUCUGUGUUAGCCUGCUAAGCUGAAAUGUGUUCUUUAAAUGAACACAUUUAAGGAAACAUUGUAAAACUCACUGGAGGAGGCAGAUAAUCCAGCUUUCAGCAAAGCCCCUUUAAUGUGUUGCAAAUACCCCAAUUCUAGUUGUAAUAGUGGUCUUCUCACAAACACAAACACAUUCAAACACAUGCUGCUGUCCCCCAGUUUCUAUACCUUUCAACACUUGACACUGCCAUGACCUUUAAGGGAGUAGAGAAAACAUUUGGAUGGUCUCCAGAAUACAGCGUGUUGUCCACAACUGUGAGGUGUCAAAAUACUCAGGUACUGUAACAGAAUACACAAGCCAGAUUAUUUUUUAAGCAGUAGCAGAUGUUAACCUGAACGGUGUCCGGCUCAUGACCCCUAUCAAUGUGCCUUUUCAUUUUUUCAGCUGCUGCUCUUCAAAGGCGUGUUUUUAUAGGUUGGAAAUCCUAACCAGAGUUUAGAUUUAAUAUCAACUUCAGUUAUGCCUGUAAAUGCUUUAGAGUUUGCUCCUGUUGUUGCAGGAGAUAAAUUGUUAAUUUUACUCUCACUAAUUGAAUUUGUAGGGCCCAGCUUGCAUGAGAGGCCCAGGUGAAGGAAAUAUUUGGUGACAGGGUUUAAUACUGUAGAGAAAAGGAGUUAGUUUGUCUUAGCUGGCAGCAUAAGUAGUGUAGUCUUCACUGUAAAAGCACACACUUGCAUGCAUUCACGCUCUCACUCGGUUCACGAACAGGCACGCAUUAAACGUGCACAUGCUCAGCUAGGACACACACAUGCAUGUUGAACACACACAAACAAUACAUACAGUGCAGCCUUGAGGCUGUUUUCAAAUCAGCUUGUAAACAAGUCUCUUGUGCUUCAGUCUCUCCCCGGACGAGCUGAGGAAACUGCCAGCUGCAGAGGUGAAACUCAGGUCUGCUGUCCAAAGUGCCACCUAAAUGAAAUCUGCCAUCCUAUUGGUUACAGUUUUCAGGCGAUGGUCUGGGAAGGCUGAGUUGGACCUGACUUGUAUCUCUGCUGUGGUAGACCUAGGGCUUGGCUUUGAUUUGAUAUAGCUUAUGAUCAGUACUGAUAAAAGUAGAAAAAAAAACAACUUUGAUGGUGAUUGUCUUUGAUUAAAAGAAGUGUUUGUUUUCUUUAUUAUUAUAGUUUGUUGUUUAUUAUUAUAUCUCCCAAAGCACUGGAAACUAUAUUGUUGUUUUGACUUUGUACAUGGAAGAAUUAUGAAAUAAGAUUUAUUUCAAAUGUUAUAUGCCACUAAGCCACUUAAAUGUAUUUUAUUUGUAUUUGUUUUAGUUCUAUUUCAAUUUUAUUCAUAACUGCCCUUUUUUCUCAGAGCCAUUUUCAGUAUGCACACUGUAAAGGCACACAAGCCACCAAUGUUUUAUUGGGGAAGGAGUAAGUUGCCGUUUAUAAACUUCCAGAUUUCAACUGACUUUAUGAAGAGGUUAUGUACAUUUAUGAUGCCAUUUUUAUAUGAUUGGGUUUUUAUUUGUAUCUCUAUUUUAACUUUUUGGAGCCAGACAGAAACUUGAUCAUUUGAUUUGAUUGAAUUCAAAUUUCUCAUUGUAUGAAUGUAAGCUUUUCCACUAGUUCUGGUCAGACCGAAGCAGGUCCACGUUUUCGCCAUGCCUCCUUCCUCCCUGACUUUGGUUUCCAUGGAGAGUGGAAGACGACUGACUUCACAUAAACUCUGAGACAAGGAGUUGUGGUUGCCAUGGCGUGGUAUCCCUGACUCUGCGUUGUUCUCUGUCUGUGUGACAGAGUUGUGCCUUUUCCCUAUCAGCCACAGUUUGACUUUUGUUGUACUUUCACCCAGCCAACACUCCAAAGAGCUGCGCAGGCCUCAUCUACUCUUCCACUAGAGGGUGCUCUGCAGGCAAACUACACAGGGAAAAGUGGUUCUGAUUUUACUGAAAAUAUAAAAUGUUUUACCAGAAUCCA